AUGGAGGACGGCUUUCGAGAAGAGGAGGACCCUCUGGGUACAGACACUCUCCGCACGGCCUCUGACCGUGGUCGCGCCCAUGCCCAUCACGCACAUCAUCACCCAACCCAUGCCGUCGACGGCCACCACUCCUACGACAAACACGACGACGACGACGACGACGACGCACGACACCAGGACAGUCUUCACCGCCAACACCAGCACCAGCAGCAUACACAAGCCCACACCGAGUACACCUACCCUGUUUACGACGAGCCCCCUGAACUCUCCCCGAUCGACACCCCGUACACUCCUGGCAGUCGCCCCGUAGCCACACAGACCACUUUCGACAUUGACAGCCUUGACCCCUUCGCAGCUUCCGUGGCAUUUGACAGCCCGACCGGCGACGGUAUCGACGGUGGCAUCGGAAGUCAUGUCGUCGCGGUCGUAACACCAGACGACUUCUAUCGUGACUAUCGUAGCGCCUCCUCGACCCACUACCACCACCAGCACAGCCGACAGCCUUCCUCUUCGUCCGAACGCGCCCCCAUGGCCACAUCCGUGCCUCGACCGAGGGAUCCCGCCUCCUUGCGGUCGAAUGGCAACGGGACCACAGCCAAACACCCUCCCAUGCCAACAGCCCUCAACGGCCUCCGUACAGCGACAAGAUCCGUUUCUGCCCCAAUUGACCCUUCGAGCACGACGGGCCCCAAGAGGCUGAACAAUGCAGCACGCCAGCCGAGCGUCAAGGACCUGACUAAGAAGUUUGACCAAGGCCCUCCGACCGCGAUACCCCAGCUUCCCGUACGGACUGGUAUCCCGUCACGACCAAACAAGCCUGCGACAAGCAGUGACAAGCCGCUACCCACUGCCCCCGUGGGUCAGCGUCAGUCACCAUAUUCCACCCUCAGGACGUCCGUCGACCGUAACCUGACACCAGACUCCGCCAAGGCAACGCGGAGCACCCAGAGGACAAAGUUUGUCGCCGAAGACCAGACUUCUAACAACUCGCAAUCGUUUGCCAGUCGGAUAGGAAAACCUCGAACGCCCGUGGCAUUAAACGCACAGCCUUCGCAAUCCACUUCAACCGUGUCGCAGAAACACUCAUUCCAACCGACAACCGCCUCACCGAAUGCGUCACCCAUGAUUCCUCAGUCGCAAACCCUCCUCUUCGGCGAAAUCCUACCCGAUCAGCGCGAUAACCACACUCUUGGUCAUGGCAUCGAGGGAUCGGGUUCUCGGCCGCGAAGGACGUCGGAAUCGAAUGUGUCGAGCAUUAGAUCCGCACACCAACGCACUCUUUCCGACCCUGAUCUGAUUGAACCAUCAUCUCCGACCGAUUGGUACCGUAUCGCGAAUGACGACACGAAUGGCCUACAGCCUCAACAAACACGUCACUCCAAAAGCCACGUGCGGGCCCAGAGCGACACGCCGUCCAUCAUUCCGCGAAAGCCGCCGCCGCCUGCUGUCGGAGCCACCGAACGUAGUCGCGCCGUCUCGCCUUCCUCACGACUGCCCAUUACCGUCCGAAAACUUGCCAGCCCGACUCCCAGUCUCUCAACAAGCUCGCCCUCCGGCGGAAACUCCAGAGCCAACUCCCCACCCAACCUGCAUCGCAUCACCCCCCACGGCAGACCCUCCAGGGCGGCAAGCGCCCAAGGCUAUCGAUCCAAAACACCGACACAGUCGACACGACGGGCGCCCCCUCAAGGGCUCACGACACCGAGCAACAACGGUAGAUUGACACCUUACGGCGGAGAACCCGUUCCCAAGCUAUCGCCACCAUUACGCAGUUCUCGCCCUCGGCAGUCUGUUGCAACCGCCACCACGACGAGUUCACGGAUGAAGGCGUUAGAGCGGGCUCGGUCGCCGCACUACCAUGCGACACGUAACGCACAAAAGUCCACCGAAGCGCCUACACGGAGGCGCAAGAUAUCUGUCGGUCCUGUGGACUUCGAGCAGCGGAGAGAACAUAUCAGGUUGGCGUACACAAAGUCCAUUCGCGACAGCCAGGCACGCGAGGCGAGGCUCCAAGCUGCCGAGAGGCGAAAGAAAGAAUUGGAAGUCGCAGCCCGGACGAAAGCCGCGCUGACAGCAUCGCAAGCAGCAGCCAAUCAAGACGAACGCACAGCACAUGACCAUGCUGCAGCUUCUGAUCUCGACUCGCGAUUGCUCUCGCCUCUGAAAGUCCCUACAGGUACAGAGUGUGGUGAGCCCAGCCCAACCACUCUGUCGCCGCAGCCCGAUGUCGUCAAAGACUCCCCGACCCUUGGUAUUCCGGGCAGUUUUCCUGCUGGUAGUCCCGCGAUCGAGUUCGAAGAAGCGCCGCCGUCAGCUAUUUCGAUGGCUACCGAUGUUACAGAGUUUGACGAUGAGCCGCAGGUUUUCCCGCCUGUUCAGCCGGAUCACGGGGCUGCCUCAAGCGGCCUGGGUCUGGCUUUGCCAGACAUGCCUGGCAGCUUCACUGUGUCCGAGGCUGAUGUCCCGGAGGACGACGAACGCCUCGGUGCUCGCACGCCGCCCUGUGAGGCCCCAUCGACAGAUGAACAUGUUACAUACCACGACCCAUUCCCUCGGGAAGCCGUUGAUGAUGGACAUGUCUCUAUCAAGAUCGCCGCAACUGAUGUACCUCAACAAAUGCCCGAAGAGGCCCCACAAAUGGCCGAGCCACAGCCUGACACUGCAUCGAACUCGGAGGCUUACAAGGACGAGUACGAGCCUUUGCCGUAUUCCAGCCCGUCACUGGAAACUACCGUCAAGAUUCUUCACCGAGAAUCCGAUCAAUUCACGAAGCCUGAGCGUUCUUCGAUCGCCGAUGAGCCUCAUGACGAUUCCUAUUAUAUGAGUCUAGACCAGCACGAAGCAAGGGCAUUCCGCACCUUUGUUCGUCAAGAGCAAUCGCAGGGCGAGAGUGACAAAGCGCAAUCGCCGUCUCGGCAGGGUGAACAUCGACAUGACACGCCACUGAGUUACCGAAUCAAAGAGGGGCUAGUAUCCAGCAGGGUCUCGACAUGCGAUUCCGAUGCUCCUGACGACACGUACCAAACCACUCAAGAUAGUUUGCCAACGCUGGAUACCUCGCAUAGCCUAACGAUACCGCCGCCGCUGCCCGUCGCCAGUCGUUACAGUCAUCAGUCUGCAUGGACCGAUUUUUCCGUCGAGAGCAAUGACACGGCCGACUGUUCGCCGAGGGAUUCCGCUCGACACAGCGACGCCCUUCCACUGCCCAACCCGCCCUUCGCGUCGGACGCCCGGUAUCGGUCUUCGCCGAGCGGCGCCUCAUCUGCCAGGCACAGCGAAUUGUACGGUUCAGAGCCGUCGCUACUCGAAAUGGCAGACGGGCAUUCAUCUCCAAGGUCCAAAGAACCGCAGCUGCCAGAACUGGACACUGGUGGAGGUUUCUCGAUCCCAUACUUGUCUGACAGACUAAGUAGAGAUUUCUCUUCCGUCCCUCUGCCCGAGUAUAGCCCUCCUCCAGUGCCCUUCUCUCAUACAGGAUCCGUCAAAGACUCCCGCCGCCCGCCGUCGAGCAACUACCAACCAGAGACACGGCCAGGUAGCACUUUGGUAGGGUCAUCCAGAAGACCAAGCGAAGAUCUGACACGACCUACAUCAAACGCACACUCGAUUGACCACAUAUCCCUCUCAACGCGGGACCCAUCACUCGGGGGCCAGACGCUCAACGAUCAGACGGACCCCAAAGUUUCCUUGACCGGUGAGACAGACAAAGAACACAGCGUACCGAUCACGAAAGAGCAACGGCGCCUUCAGCAGCGGCGAAAUGUCAUCAAGGAACUUGUAGACACGGAGAUGGUAUUCGUCCGCGACAUGAACAUCGUCGAGGAAAUCUACAAGGGGACGGCAGAGGCGUGCCCGAAACUGGACGGAAAAACGAGCAAAAUUAUCUUUCGGAAUGUGGAUGAGAUUGUGGCCUUUCACACGGCUUUCCUUGUGCAACUCAAGGAUGCUGUUGCUGCUGUUUACAUUCCUCAAGGUCGACGAUCUUCUGCACCAAAGGAGGCCUCUAUCAAGUCGAAUUCGACUGGAUCGAAUUCUGGUGCACAGAGUCAGACGGAGUCAGACGACGCCAAGGAUCGCACGACGACGCUGGGUCCGCUGUUCCAGUUGAAUGCCGAGAAAAUGAAGAUUGCACACGAGGGUUUUCUCCGAAACAGCGAUCUCGCCGCCAAAAGACUGAUUCAGAUUCAGCAAGACCCCACUGUCCAAGUGUGGUUGAAUGAAUGCCACGAGGUUGCCAAGGAUUUGACUGCGGCAUGGGAUUUGGACUCGCUCCUCAUCAAACCUAUGCAGCGACUCACCAAGUACCCGAAUUUGAUUCUCACCAUUUUGCAGCAUACACCGCCAGACCACCCAGACCGACCUGCUCUGGUUGCUGCCAAGGAUACGCUGGAAAUUGCCAUCAUCGAGAUCAACAAGACGAAGAAGAACUUUGAGCUCGUGGGCCAGAUCGUUGGGCGAAAGCGUAAAGAAUCAGACGUCAAAGCUGGUUUCGCCCGCGCAUUCGGCAAACGCGUUGACCGCCUCCAGGCGACAAGCACGCGUAUCCCCGAGGACCCCGAGUACGCGAAACUGCACGAGAAGUUUGGUGACGACUAUCUCCGGCUCCAAGUUGUCCUUCGGGACGUAGAAUUCUACACCCGCCAAGUCACGAGUUAUGUCCACGAAUUUCUCCAAUACCUUUCGUCGAUGGAGCUUGUCAUGAGACUUCAGCCAGGCAGCUACCCCGAGAUUGAAAGCAAAUGGGUACAGUUCAAUGUAUCCAUGAGAGACAUAGAGAAGGUUGCGCUGGAUCAACAUCUUGCCCAAGUUCGGAAGCAAGUCAUUGAGCCCUUCGAACUCGUCAUCAAGGCGUACGGGAACCCAUCCUUGGCCAUGAAGAAGAGGGAAAAACGCCGGCUGGACUUUGAACGAGCUGAACAGAUCAAAAAGGGUGGCAAAACGCUGGAUCCGAAGUUGAAAGAACUUGUCGAGCAGUACGAUGCGCUGAACGAUACGCUGAUCAAAGAGCUGCCCCAGUUGUCCGCCCUUACUGAGAAGGUUGGAAAGAUCUGUCUGGAGAACCUCGUCAACAUACAGGCAAAGUGGUAUUCGAUCUGGAAGGACAAAGUCAAAGUUGUCCUUGCAGACACUACGUCGCUGCCAGAGAUGCCCGAUGUCGUCUCGACAUUUCAACAUGACUUCAAGUUUGCGCAAGAACAGCUCGACACCAUUGGCAUUCUUCAUCCCGAGUACAAGGGGAGAGCAUCUCAGUCGACCAUUACGACGAGGGCCAGCACCGAGGACGGAACGCCAAGGAACAGACCCCGCCCCGCAGAGCUCACUCCACGGAAUCGCGGUCGCUCGAUGAAUAGUGAACAGGUCCCGGCCUUGCCCACGCCAGAGUUCAAGCGCAGUAGCGGGCAGUUCACACUCUCCCCUACGAGCACAGUCCCGAGCCCUCACCAAUACUACUAUCGCGAUUACUACACCAAUGCUAAUGCCACCGCCAGCGGCAGCGGCAGUGGCAGCGGGCAGCGACCAUCUGUACCACCGUCGCCCCGGACCGAGGAUUCAUCACCAAGCUUGCGCGCUGCGGGCGGUUAUCCUCUGGCAAGACCCAGUACAGGGAGGAGCUAUGACUCUGGUGGCUUGCCCAGGGAAAGUUCCGACUCAAGCAUGCAUAACAGGCGGGACUCAAACUCGACUUAUAAUUCUGGUUACCCUGCCACAGAACCCAAGCGUUACUCGGGGUUGUUCCACUCGGCACUACCACUGCCAGACAGUGCCGAAGAGAGCCAGAGGUCGUCUCGGGCGUCCUCAAGAGAACGCUUCCCUGAAAGCAGCAGUUACAAUGUGCUAUGGCUUGCUGCGUCACUGUUUGAGUUCAAUAUUGAGACGACGAAGAACGAAGCCGGGUACCCUUACCUCACAUAUCAGGCAGGCGAGAUCUUUGAUGUGAUUGCCGAAAAGGGUGAAUUAUGGCUCGCCAAAAACCAGGACGAUCCGAGAGAACAAGUGGGCUGGAUAUGGUCCAAGCACUUUGCCAGGCUGGCAGACUCGUAGCCAUGAGUCCAGCGCUGGUAUUUGCAUCUUCAGACACGCAAAAUCGCACGUGGUCUCGGCAUCUAGCGCCAUUCUACAUUGCGCAUAUGAACCGCCUGCACACACGAUUGCUCGCAUAUCUGCAUACCGACAGCAUAGCUUGCGAGCGUUGCCAAGUACAUAGAUCACCAAGAAGGGAGGAAGCAGAGGCGGGUUCGCAAAGACCGGCGUUUUGCUCUUCAUGAUUCUUACUGUACUAUUCAUCACGACAAAAGGGGUUCUUGGCCGCGAACAACCAAUCUUCUGCUUCUUUUUGCUUCUUUGUACAGAAAUUUACCCUUCAGCGAUGGGUAGGGAAGGGUGUGG